AUAGGAUUAUAUCACAAGACUGCAGAUGUGUUCCAACCACAUGCAUUUUUUUAUCAAUCUCAUCCAAAUGUUGUUAACAGGCAUGCUCCUGGAAAUACUCCAGCAUUAUUUGUAUAUAAAGAAAAUUUACAUUAUAAUUUUACUGGUCAUAAUACGACCGAUAUAGAGAAGUUAAACGAAACUUUAUAUAAAUGGAUCAAUGCAGAACGUUUUCCAACAUUUCCGAAAGUAACAAGAGGAAUAUUAUCAACUUUUUUGACUAAUAAAAAUUUGGUUUUAGCAGUCGUAGAAGAGAAUCAAUUGGAAGAGGUAUCACCUGGUAUGAUAGAAUUUAGAGACAUGGUUGAGUCUGUGAUUAAAAAACGAGAGAAGUAUCACGACCAUUUCCAAUUUGGUUGGAUAGCUAGUCCUGAUCUAGUCAACAGUAUAGCAAUGAUGAUUCUACCAUUGCCAAGCCUAAUCGUAAUUAAUACAACUACGAAUCAUCACCAUAUUCCAGAGGAUGAAACAGAAAAGUUGACGCCUCAUGUGAUAGAAUUGUUCCUAGAGCAAAUUCGUAAUGAAAGUGCUUCCGGUAUUACGAAUAAAAUUUAUCAUUUUCUUUUGUUUUAUAUAAUACCAACUUAUGCGAAAAAUUUUCAGCGAUACGGCGGAAAUAGUUUAUUAGUACGCAUCUAUAGGAUCGUGGGUUUGAAAUUAAAAACAACACUUGCAGCGAUGUGGAUGGGCAAUCCUAUUUUAACUAUGGUAUUAUUUGGAUUACCUGCUGGUUCUUCAUUAAUUUGUUACGGCAUUUGUUGUCCGGAUAUUUUAGAUGCAGACGAUAAGAGGAAGGUAUUAUCCCAAUUACUUUGGUUGACAGAAAUCAAGAAGGCAGAAGAUAUUACAGUAUUUUAG